AUGCAGCUAUUUCGGCCUCUUCCAGCAUUUCAAGCACGUCAAGUAAGUCUGAACAAUCCAACCUAUGAAUUGACUGACAAGUACUCAGCUAUUACUUCCACCCCUCUCAGCUCCUCCUCUUCAACCCCAUGCACAUGCACCGCGUAUUCUCAAAUUGCUCCAGCCGUGGCAGCCUGCACACAAAUCACACUGCAAGAUAUCAGUGUCCCCACGAAUAGCAGCAUAAAUCUGGCGAGCUUGAAAGCUGGCUCUACAGUCACAUUCGCUGGAACUACAACUUUUGCGUUCACGAAUUCCUCCACAUUCAAUCCAAUCACGCUUGGAGGCUCUGGAGUCACGAUCUUGGGUGCUCCUGGUUCAGUUUUGGAUGGAAAUGGACAGGCAUAUUGGGACGGGCAAGGGUCCAAUGGCGGGGUACCAAAGCCCGAUCACUUCAUCGUGGUCAAUAAAAUGACUGCUAACUCAGUCAUCCGGGAUCUUUAUAUCCAGAAUUAUCCUGUUCACUGUUUCAGUAUCUCCAGUUGCAGUAAUCUGCUAAUUACUAAUAUCCAACUCAACAACACGGCUGGCAAUGCACCCAAUGCAUUCAGCGGGGGCCUUGCAGCUGCCCACAAUACAGAUGGAUUUGACAUCUCAACGACUAACAAUAUGGUUUUGUCUGACAGUACAGUCUACAAUCAGGAUGAUUGUGUCGCUAUUACCAGUGGAAAUGAAAUCACUGUCACAAAUCUGUACUGCAGCGGAGGUCAUGGUCUGUCGAUCGGGUCUGUUGGUGGGAAGAGUAACAACAAUGUUACGAAUAUCCUCUUCACUGAUAGCACUGUGACCGAUUCUCAGAAUGGAGCACGGAUUAAAUCGAACUACAACACCACAGGGUUCAUUUCGAACGUCACGUACUCAAACAUUGCAGUCAGCGGAAUCUCUGUUUACGGCAUCGAUGUUCAACAGGAUUAUCUGAACGGAGGACCAACAGGAAUCCCAAGCAAUGGCGUCAUAAUCACAGAUCUAACUUUCCAAAAUGUGACUGGUACCGCGAUCGCAGGAGCUGAGGAUUAUUACAUCCUAUGUGGACAAGGAAGUUGUAGCGACUUCACUUUUACGGAUGUUAGCAUCGUGGGAGGUACGGUUGCAGACAGCUGCAAUUAUCCUCCAUCUGGAUGUCCCGGCUCUUCGUCUACAACUUCGAGUGUUGUUUAUUCGAGCACAUUGAGCAGUACAACCUCGACAAUUCUCUCAACCAGCACUUCGUCAGUCUUGACACAGAGCUCCCCAACGAGCACACCCUCACCCACUUCGACAUCUGCUUGGGCACGGACAUCUCCUUCAGCGGGUGCGGUGGUUGUGGAUGCGACUGGAGCUACUGCAGGCUCCUACUCUACCGUCCAAGAGGGGGUAAAUGCGCUUUCACUUACUGCUACAACACCUCAAAACCUCUUCAUCUACCCAGGAACUUACAGGGAACAAGUCUACAUUCCAGCACUGAAGUCAAAUCUCACAGUUCAGGGCUACACCAUUGAUGGAAGUUCAUAUACUGAGAACACGGCUACGAUAACUUAUGAUCUCGCUCUCCUCAAUACCACCAGCGAUGAUCUGACAGCAACAAUCCGACAAUGGAACCCCAACACCAAGUUCUACAAUUUGAACAUUGCCAAUACGUUUGGUCAUGUGAGCACCAAUGGCCAGAACUUAGCUUUGUCCGCUCAUACAGGCAACCAAGGCUACUAUGGAAUGCAACUUUGGGGUUAUCAAGAUACCCUCCUCGCCAACACGGGCAAUCAGUUGUACUCCAAGAGCUUGAUCGUCGGAGCAAUUGAUUUCAUUUUUGGACAAACUGCAACGGCUUGGUUGGACCAGGUUGACAUUCGCACCAUUGCUACCGGAUGUGUAACUGCUUCUGGAAGAGCAUCUGCCAGCAAUCCGUCUUGGUAUGUUAUAAACAAUUCGACAGUGGCGGGAAUCAAUAGCAGCAUUGAAGCGGGCAUAAACUAUCUCGGUCGACCCUGGGAGUAAGUAUUCCCUCCACACUGAUCGUCUCAUGCUGAUUUCGCAGAUCAUUUGCACGCGUUGUCUUCCAAAAUACCGACCUCAGCAAUGUCAUUGCACCAGCAGGGUGGCGGCCAUGGAGCACCGCGGUUAAUGGCACAACGAAUACCGAGAACGUAACUUUCGCUGAGUACGAUAAUUACGGAGCG